CGACUCUCGGUCGCCGCUGAUUGGAAAGUACACGAUCAUGGCGCCGGCUAUUGUCGACGACAUCAUGGUCAAGCUCGAGAAUCCGACGGUGAAGUGGAUCACCGUCGCCGCCUGCGUUGGCGGUGGCGGGUAUCUCGCCGUCAAGAUGUCUUUGUUCAGGAAGAACCCCUUCCAGGUCUUCUCCGGGAAGACCGGCGCUAUGGCGAAGAACCUCGUCGACAGUGGCAUCAGCUCGUACAACGAGUUCUUCAACCAAGAAGACGGCAAGGGCGUCGGCGAUAAGAAGCUCAGCACCCCCGAGUUCGUGAACAAGUUCUACUCGCUCAUCACCGAUUUCUACGAGUACGGCUGGGGCGAGAGCUUCCACUUCGCCGCGCGCGAGGUCGGCGAGUCCUUCGAGAAAUCCAUCAUCCGCCAGGAAACCGCGAUCGCGGAGACCGUCGGCCUCAAGGCUGGCAUGAAGUGCAUCGAUCUCGGCUGCGGCGUCGGCGGUCCGUUGAGGAACAUCGUCAAAGCCACGGGCGCGCACGUGACCGGGAUCACGAUCAACGAGUACCAGAUCGAGCGCAACAAGCUGCUGAACAAGGCCGCGGGGAUCGAGGACCUCUCCGACGUCGUCUGCGGCGAUUUCAUGGACCUCCACAAGGUCUUCAAGCCGAACACGUUCGACGCGGCGUACUCUAUCGAGGCGAUGUGCCACGCCCCGGACACGGCGGCGAUCUACAAGCAGGUCUUCAAGGUGCUGAAGCCCGGCGCGCUCUUCUCGUCGUACGAAUGGCUUCGCACGAACAAGUACGACCCGAACAACAAACUUCACGUGGAUGUCGUGGACGGCAUCGCCAAGGGCAACGCGCUCCCCGACGUUCGCACGAUCGAAGACUGCAUCGCCGCGGCGAAGAGCGCCGGGUUCGAAGUGCAGUACACGUUCGACCGCGCCACCACGGGCGGCGUCCCGUGGCAGGCGGCGAUGAAGUCCGCUCGCCGCGCCGCGUACCUCACGCACAUCCUCACCGGCGUGCUCGAGUUCUUGCGCUUCGCGCCGAAGGGGACCCAGGCGGUGCACACGAUGCUCCUCAAGGCUGCCGUCAACCUUGAGAAGGGCGGCGACCUCGGCAUCUUCUCGCCGAUGUACCUCAUCGUGAUGAAGAAGCCCGUGGCUUAGGCAAUUGGUAUGACGCACGCAUAGCCGCGAGACAUCUGCUCGAUUUUGACGCGAACGCUUAUUACCUGUAGUCGCUGAUUUGUAAAGACGCCUCGCGCAUUUAAUUGGGAAAC